UUAAGAAAGGUUGAUCUGAACUUUAGCUCUGAGCAAGUAAAUGUGCCUGAAGUUUCAAAACGAAAGAAAGGAAACACAACCUAAACAUCAAGUAUUUUUCAAAGACACCAGUGAAACGUGAGGAAUCUUAUAUCAGUCGUUUGGGCUUUGGAUAUUUAAAAUAAUCUGUGCCAUUUACAGGAGGGAAAAGGCUGAGGUGAUAUAUUCAGUAUAGCUAUGAAUUAUAUAGAAACCUUGUAAAUGAUUAUGGGAUGAUCAAAAUGUCCUCAAGCCCUCAACAGAAUUCUAAUAUUGGCCCGCUGCUAGCUGAUAUUAAUUUAGAGACUUAUCUUCCAAACUUCCUAAAGUCUGGUUAUUAUACAGUUCUAGAAUGUGAAAAAUUGAAUCAUGAGAUACUUCAAGAAAUGGGAAUAUCUCUUACUGGGCAUCGGAAGAGAAUCAUUGCAAAGCUACAAAGCAUACAAGAGCAGAUGAGAAGAGAAUCCAGGAACUCGGAUUCAUUGACGUCUGAUUCAGAAUUACAGAACUCCAUUACACAUGGCUCAAAGCCAUUAGACACUAUUCUGCCAGUUAGUGAACAGGUUCAAGGUUCCACCAUGGAGUACAAUGCAUCCCCUGAUUCAUCUCCUUCAAAGGAAGCAGAUAAUAAUUCAACAUGUCAAUAUCAGCAAAAAGAAGACUCAAAUGACCAAUUCAACAGAACAGGACUGAAUGAAAAAUCAUUGGAAAUAAAAGAUCACAGUGUAAAAGAUUUUCCUUUGGAUCUUGAGACACAAUUAGACUCACAGAAUUCAGGCUUUUUUGAAUUUCAAGGACCAAUGGUAGACAAUGAGAUCUACGACAAAAGUAAGGAUGAUGGACACAAACCUCUACUAAAGAGUCCUCCAACAAAAUCAUUCAUUCUGAGAAACAGGCCGGUACCUAAGUUACCCUUUAACACGAGUGAUACAUUUGUCAAAAGCUGUCACCAAGAAAGACGUUUAGAAAAUAAAGCCGCGCAGGAAAGCUCAGCAUCCAAACAACAAAACCAAGAAUCUCAAGAACAAAACAUAAAUCUAAUUUCUCCAUAUGAAGAAACCUUUUUCAGCAAUUCUGAAUUUCCAAAGGAAACCUCAAGGGAUAAAUUUCAGUUUCCCUCAUAUCAUGAACAAAAUGAAAAAUCCUUGGAAAAGAAUGCAAGCACUUCAUGUGGUUCUCUAUCUGCUAACAAUGGGUCUCCACCUCCACCGGGGGAUCAGAUAUCGGAAGAAUCUAUAUAUUCAACAAUGGAAGAAUGCACCCGUGAGUUAAGAGUAAACAGAGGCAUUGGCAUGACACCCGAUCCGGCUGCCAGUUUGCACACUGACAGUGGCACUAGCUCUGAAUUGGAAGGUGCGGAAAGUGAAAUUUCACCCUACGCAUGCUUUUAUGGGCCAUCAACCAUGCCAGCAAAAACAGGGUGGCUGGAAAAACUGUCACCUCAUCGAAGUGGCAUAUUUCAAAAGAGAUGGGUAAAAGUUGACGGAAUGCAUCUUUCCUACUAUAACAAUGACCGGGAUAUGUUUUCGAAGGGGAAGAUUUCUCUGCCUGCCAUAACAAAAGUGAACAAAAUGGGAGAGAGCAAAUUUGAAGUGGUCACCGUGCAGAGGACGUUUGUGUUUCGCACAGAGAAGGAAGAGGACAGAGACGACUGGAUUGACACGCUGCUGCGCACAUCAAAAUCCGAGCCUUAUGAGUUCCCAGAUCUCUGUGUCACUGAGAAAAAUGGUUACCUUGAGCUGAAAGGUUAUAAAAAUAAAAUCUAUGCUGUGAUAAAUGGAAGCAAAUUAUGGUUCAGUAAAAGCAAACAGGAUGCGAGUGCUGGCAUUGCAAUCACUGACCUCACACUGACUAUGGUAUCUGUAAAAAUUAUAGAUCGGAAGUCAUUUGAACUCACUACCCCGUUCAGACAUUUUUGCUUAACAGCAGAGUCUGAGAGAGAGAAACAAGAGUGGACUGAAGAAAUACAGCAAUCAAUAGCAGAAACUCUGGCUGAUUAUGAAGUAGCUGAAAAGAUCUGGUUCAAUGAAUCUAACCGGAGCUGUGCAGAUUGCCGCGCUCCCAGCCCUGACUGGGCAUCUAUCAGCCUCGGUGUUGUCAUUUGCAAGAACUGCGCAGGUCAACAUCGGGCACUUGGAAGCAACAUAUCAAAAGUUCACAGCUUGAUCCUGGAUACUACUAUCUGGAGCAAUGAACUUGUUGAGCUUUUCAUUGUCGUGGGAAAUGAGAAAGUAAAUAACAUCUGGGAAGCAAAUCUUUUGCCUGAGAACAUGCUUCAUAUGGAUUCCAAUGUAAGCCAGAGAAGAUUAUUUAUUACACAAAAAUACAAGGAAGGGAGAUUUAAAAAAAUCUACUUUCCAGGUUUCACACAAGAGGAAUUAAAUCAAGCCUUAUGUGAUGCUGUGACUAAAGAUGAGAUCCUGCAAACCAUGAUAUUGGUUUUUAGUGGAGCCGACACCAUGUGCCCAACAGGGGAUAAAGUCUACAACACACCAUACCUUUUAGCAAAGAUGUCUGGCCAAAGGUUGCAGAUGGAAUUCUUGCAUCACAAUAGGCUUUCUGAUUUUAAAGCACCUUCUUUAAAUGCAAAUGGAGCCAGUUUGUUUUAUUGUGGGUUUUUAUACAAGGCUUCCCCAAGCACUAAGAUGACAAUAAACAGAAAAUCUAAAGAAGUUCCAGAGAUGAAGCAAUGGUGGUGCACUAUCGAAAACAAUUUCUUGAAGUAUUACGAAAAUGAAACGGCUCCCGUGGCAGACGGUGUGAUUGACUUAAGUGAAAUAAUAAGUCUAGUUAUUCACCCGUCGGAUUUCUCCUCCAAUGGAAUGGCGGCUUUUACCUUUGAGAUCUACUUUCUGUCGGAACGUAUGUUUCUUUUUGGAGCUGAAAAUGUAGAGUCUCGCAGAGAAUGGAGCAGGGCAAUAGCGAAGAACUUUACUCCUGCUGUAGAAGGAUAUUUGCUGGAACUAGAUUUCAAUGUGCUUGGAUAUCUGAACUACAAAAAUUCUUCUAGCCUUAGCCAGUGGAAAAAAGGUUGGUUUGCCCUAGAGAAGGCACGCUUACACUACUGCAAUAAAGACGAUUGUGGGAAUGCAGACACCAUACAACUAAAGAAACUUCAAGAACUAACAGCAAACUCAUCCACGCUGAAUGGGGAAAAAGGGAAUAUUCUUCUGCUGGUUGAAAAUGGAAGGACAUUCUAUAUCCAUGGACAUACAAUGCUGGAUUUCACGGUCUGGCAUUCAGCAAUUGAGAAAGCAGCAGGUACAGAUGGUAAUGCACUACAGGAUCAGCAGCUCAGCAAAAACAACAUUCCUAUUAUCGUGAACAGCUGCAUAGCAUUUGUUACGCAGUAUGGUUUGGGAAGCAAAUCUCUGUAUCUGAAGAAUGGAAACCCGUUGCAAGUGAGGGAGCUGCUCGAAGAAUUUAAAAAGGAUGCACGGAGCAUUAAACUAAAAGUCGGAAAGCAUCAGCUGGAAGAUGUGACUGAUGUGCUGAAAUAUUUCUUCUAUGAAAUAGAUGAUGCACUUCUCACAAAAGAACUUUAUCCGUAUUGGAUCUCUGCCUUAGAUAUCCGGAAUGAACAGGAGCGGGUGAAAAAAUACAAAACCGUAAUCAGUACAGUACCAGCCCUAAAUAAAGCAACACUGGCAGCCCUAAUCGAGCACCUUUUCAGAAUACAGAAAUGUUUUGACAUUAAUCAUCUGGAUACUCAGACUCUAGCCAAAGCCUUUUCUUCUUGCUUGUUUCAAACAAAUGGAGAAAAUGAAAAGGAAGUAGCUGUUCUGGAAGAUCUAAUUACCAAUUAUGUGAAUAUUUUUAAUGUGAGUGAAGAUCAGGUACAACAAAUGGAGACAGAGAACCGUUUCAUUACCAAAUGGAAAGAGGCACAGAUAUGUCAUUCUGGUGACUUGUUGAUUGAAGUUUAUGUAGAAAGAAAAGAGCCUGACAUGUGUGUAAUUAUUAGGGUGCCACCUACCAUGGAAACAGCAGAGCUGACUAAUUGUGCUAUGGGAAUAAAAAACAUUACUCUAACCAAGGAAAUGCCUUGGGCAACAUUUGAAGUAAUUGAAAAUGGAGAACUUGAGCGCCUUAUGCAUUACAAGGAAAAAGUAUUGGAAACCGUCCUUCAGUGGAGCUCACUAUCUGACCCUGGAGCAGCUUACCUCCUUGUAAAGCCACAUAACACAAGAGAUAUGACGACUCCUGGCCUAAAAUCUUCACACCACAUGCAGUCUGGUCAUAUGAAAUUUAAAGAGGAUCCUUCAAAAUUACUUUCUGGGAAUAAAUUUCAAGAGCGAUAUUUUGUCUUACGUGAAAGAAAACUUCUCUUAUAUAAGGAUAUAAAGAGUAUUAAGCCUGAGAAAGAACUGCUUGUUACUUCAUGCAAGGUAUACGCUGGGGUCAAAAAGAAAAUGAAGCCGCCAACAAGUUGGGGAAUUACAAUUUAUUCCGAAAAGCACCAAUGGCAUCUAUGUUGUGAUACACAAGAAUCACAGAAAGAAUGGUUGGGAGGCCUUUUUAGUGCACAGCAUCCUGGUGCACAGGUUCCAUCAGCUUCACAUGUACAAAUGAGAGGAACACACGUGAGGCAAGGGAAACAAAUGGCAACGGAUAUGGAUCGCGGUUCAGAAAAAAGCACACUGAAAAUAAUCCAUGGAGCCUCCACACUGCAACUCAGCCCCAUCUUGAAAUCAAGAUCCUCAAUGUUGGCUGAGAUUUUUGACUGCAAAGAAGAAUCAAAACUUACAAAUCAAAAGAAACACCACAGCUUAAUUAACCUUGAUAAUGAAAACAAUUACACUGGGGGUGGAAAAGACAAUUCAGCAGAACAGAUAAUCAAGCAGUGUCCUGCAUCAAAUGCAAAAUUGCCUCCAAACUUAAUUAAGGAACUGAAUUCAGUACUUCAGAAAAGCAAGAGAGAUGUGCAGGAAUAGAAUAUUUUAUACAUUUUUAAGACUUUUUUGGUUAAGACCAACAACUGAAAUAGACGAACUGACCUACAGAAAUGCUGGUAAAUUCAUUUUGCCAAGGAGUUAGUUAGUGUAUACCUGAUCCAGUUGGUAAGAACUGGGAGUGGAUCAGACCAGGGCCUAAAUUGCCAAAAUGUUUUUACAGCUAAACAGGCAAAAUAUCAGCAGGUUGUAUGGUCCAAAAAACUGUUUAUAAGUUAUAAUAAUCCUGUCAGCUUUGUGUUAAAUUAUUUUACUUAGAAAAUAUUGAAACCAUUUUUUCAUUGGUGUGAUUUGAUUCAUAACUAUGAUCCAUUACUAUAGCAUAGUAUGAAAGGGGAGCACUCACCAGACCUAAUCCACUGCAUCUGCACCAAACACCUCCGAUCCAGGUGUGAUUCACCAGUCCAAACAAAAAUAUGGACGGAGCACUUGGAUUCCAAAUUGAUUAAAAAGUCACCUUUAUUAAUUCAUUUAAAAGCAUCACAGAGACCUAGACAUCCAGCUUUAUGCAUU